GGUUUAUUUCGGGAUUUCCUUCCGAAUGCAUAUUGCUCAGGCCUGUGGACCAAAUGAAUUGCAUAUUUUCUUAGCUUCAGUAGAGCAAGAUCCACUCCACGUGAAAAUGUUCUGUUUCCAUAGUGGUGGUUUCAGACAAGACAUUUGCAAGGUUGCUAAUUAGGUUUCCUUGUGGCUGGACAGAGAGAGUUUUUUGCUGGAUUUCUGUUGACAGAAAGUUCCCUUCCAAUAGAUUGCAUCGAAACACUUCCUGAUGCAGAUUGAAUUGUGGCACAAGCUUUUCCCGCGCUCUGGGCAGGUGCCGAAUCCCGCAGCGACUCCAACGACAUCGCCGGCAGUUUGAGCCUCGUCGAGGCUGCAGGGGGCGUCCGGCGGUCGCCACGACCCUCGGGAAACUACGUCUCCCAUGAUGCCCUUCGGGCGGCGAAAGGCGGUGGGCGGGGCGUCCAGUCUAUAAGUAGAAGCGGAAACAAAAGACCCAUCGAUCGGGAGCGAAGAGGCGCCUCGGCUCCGGCCUUAACACGCCCCGCGAGAGCCCGGCCCCCUCCUGGAGCAGCCAACGCCGUCGUCGUCUUCGCCUCCUCCUCCUCCUCCCCCCCUCACAGCUUCCCUCCACCGGCCCGCCCGCAUCCCCGGCUCCCCAUGGCGCUGAAGCGGAUACAGAAGGAGCUAAGUGACCUGCAACGUGAUCCACCUGCACACUGUUCAGCAGGACCUGUUGGAGAUGACUUGUUCCACUGGCAGGCAACUAUUAUGGGACCUCCUGACAGUGCCUAUCAAGGAGGAGUCUUUUUUCUCACUGUACAUUUCCCAACAGACUACCCAUUCAAACCACCAAAGAUUGCAUUCACAACAAAAAUAUAUCAUCCAAACAUAAAUAGUAAUGGGAGUAUUUGUCUUGAUAUCCUGAGGUCACAAUGGUCACCUGCUCUGACUGUAUCUAAAGUUCUCUUGUCCAUAUGCUCUUUACUUUGUGAUCCUAAUCCAGACGACCCCUUAGUACCAGAUAUUGCACAAAUCUACAAGUCAGACAAGGAAAAAUAUAACAGACACGCAAGAGAAUGGACACAGAAAUAUGCAAUGUAAACUUUGAAGACUUUUUCAUAUAUACCAGAGUACUGUAAAUUCUAGGGUUUUUUCAAAAUUAGAAGUAAGUGGAGCACAGUUUACUGUUUCAGUGUACCAUGAGGCCCUUUUUGAUUUUCACCCGUAUAAAUGUGUUUCUGGAACAAGGAAAUAACUAUGAAAUUUAACCUGAAGACUGUGAUGAGAGUAUUUAUCCUUUUUGUAUGCUUUGCAAAAGACAUUUAUUAUGUUUUUUAAAAGAUACUUGGACAUCUGCAUCUCCAGCCUACAAGAUCCAUAAUGCAGUUGUAGAGCAACCAAAUUAUUUUUGCUGAAAAACUAGGUGUUACAUGAAAUAUUCUUUGUGUGUCUUUGAGAUGUUGGUCCUGUAAGUCUGUCUGAAUUUCAUUCUUUGUUAGUUCAUUGUAUAAUUUGUAUUUUUUUUACUGUAUAGACUAUAUUUUAUUUACCGUGUAAGUCAAUUCACUUUAGAUUUUCUGCACAGUAUUGAUGAAAGACAACUGCUAUGAAACAAGAGACAUUUUCCUUCCUAAAGGAAUACUCUGUAAACUGAUAGACUUAAAACAAAACUUUGCACUCUAAUUCUCAGUAUGCCGAUUAUGGGGAAACACUUGGUUUUGAUUCUGUUGCAUACUUAAUUUUAUUGCAAUGUGAACUAAUUGCACUGCUCUGUAGAAAGAAAUGUAACUAAUUUUGUUCUGUUCACAGCUGACUUUUUUUAUCCCACAUGGGCAAUAUAAUCUCUGACCUUUUAACAAAUUGACUUGAAGCUUUUCCAUACAAAUAAAAUGUGUUUUUUACUA